GUAGAUUCUGAGUCUGCAAGCUGUUCCACUUGGCUCCAACUGUCUGUGCAUUUGGAAUAGUCUGUGGGGGACAAGAUGACAAAUGGAGCACAUAAUACUCCAGAGCUUCAAAAUCAGAAGUAAAUUCAUCUGGACAGUUGCCACCUGCCUUCCUAAAUAGGAGGAAAGAGGGAUUAUCGGUGCCUGCCUCAUUUGCUUCACCAAAAUGAGAUAGGGCAUGCAGGAGAGAAGGGAGAGUUUUGCAAGUGGAAGCUACAAUGAUUUCUCAGGGGACACAAUUUUGCUUAUUCAUACCUUUUACUGUGGCAAAAAUGGAGUAUUUUCCUUACCAAAAACCAGCAGCAUAACGCCUAUCAGACACUUGCCUCAAGGAAAUCUUAUGAAAAGUCUGUUCACAAUGGAUGCCUUCUAGCCAAUCGGCGAGUCCUGCUGCUGCCUCAUGUCUGGCAGCAUCUCUGAAUGAUCACAUGACUCUUGAUAUGGAUGCAGUCCUGUCAGACUUUGUUCGGUCCACAGGGGCAGAACCAGGUCUGGCCAGAGACUUACUAGAAGGCAAAAACUGGGACUUGACAGCAGCUUUAAGUGACUAUGAGCAGCUCCGGCAGGUGCACACCGCCAACCUGCCGCAGGUGUUCAACGAGGGCAAGUACUGCAAGCAGCCCGAGCCCGAGCAGCCUCCUCAGGUGACAAAGGCCGAGCGGCCCUGCCUGCAGCGGCAAGAUGACAUCGCUCAAGAAAAGCGGCUUUCCAGAGGCAUUUCUCAUGCCAGCUCAGCCAUAGUCUCUCUUGCUCGAUCACAUGUAGCAAAUGAAUGCAGCAAUGAACAAUUUCCUUUGGAGAUGCCCAUCUACACAUUCCAGCUACCAGACCUUAGUGUGUACAGCGAAGAUUUCAGAAGCUUCAUUGAACGUGACUUAAUUGAGCAGGCAACAAUGGUUGCUUUGGAGCAAGCAGGUCGUUUGAACUGGUGGUCCACAGUGUGUACAAGCUGCAAACGUCUUCUUCCCUUGGCCACAACAGGUGAUGGAAACUGCCUCCUGCAUGCUGCCUCUUUAGGAAUGUGGGGAUUUCAUGACCGGGAUCUUGUUCUACGGAAAGCACUCUACACUAUGAUGAGAAGUGGAGCUGAAAGGGAAGCACUGAAAAGAAGGUGGAGAUGGCAACAGACCCAGCAGAAUAAGGAGUCAGGUUUAGUGUAUACAGAAGAAGAAUGGGAGCGGGAGUGGAAUGAACUGCUUAAGCUGGCAUCCAGUGAGCCUCGCACACAUUUCAGCAAAAAUGGAGGCACUGGUGGUGGGGUUGAUAAUUCAGAAGAUCCAGUGUAUGAGAGCUUAGAAGAGUUCCAUGUGUUUGUCUUGGCCCACAUUUUAAGACGACCUAUUGUUGUAGUAGCAGACACAAUGUUACGAGACUCUGGUGGAGAAGCAUUUGCACCUAUACCAUUUGGAGGAAUUUAUUUGCCACUUGAAGUUCUACCUAACAGAUGCCAUUGCUCACCUCUGGUUCUAGCCUAUGAUCAGGCACAUUUCUCUGCUCUUGUUUCCAUGGAACAAAAAGAUCAACAGAGAGAGCAAGCGGUGAUCCCCCUGACUGACUCUGAACAUAAGCUACUGCCUUUGCACUUUGCGGUCGAUCCUGGGAAAGACUGGGAAUGGGGAAAAGAUGACAAUGACAACACCAAACUGGCCAAUUUGAUUCUGUCUCUUGAGGCAAAGCUUAAUCUUCUACACAGCUAUAUGAAUGUAACGUGGAUACGCAUACCAUCUGAAACACGGCAGGCCCCUUUGGCUCAACCAGAAUCCCCUACAGCUUCAGCUGGGGAGGACGUUCAAUCUCUGGCUGACUCAAUGGACUCGGACCGAGAUUCCAUCUGUAGUAAUUCCAACGGCAGUAAUGGAAAAAACAAUAAAGAAAAAGAAAAGGACAAACAGAGGAAGGAUAAAGACAAAAACAGGACGGAUUCAGUUGCCAAUAAAAUAGGAAGCCUCAGUAAAACCCUAGGAAUUAAGCUGAAAAAGAAUAUGGGUGGUCUUGGAGGCCUGGUGCAUGGCAAAAUGAGCAGGGCAAAUUCAGGGAAUGGAAAAAACGGUGACACCAUGGAGAAAGUCAAAGAGAAGAAGUCUAAGUCUCGAAAAGGAAGCAAAGAAGAAUCUGGGCAGUCUGCAAGCACUUCUCCAUCUGAAAAGACCACCCCAUCUCCUACUGACAGAGCUAGCAACUCACCCAUUGAAAAGAUGAACACAAAAUCCUUGUCUGACAAGCAGGCUGAUCCAUGGAAAUACAGCACUGAUGUGAAACUCAGCCUCAAUAUUUUGAGAGCGGCCAUGCAGGGUGAACGCAAGUUUAUUUUUGCUGGCCUUCUUUUGACCAGCCACAGGCAUCAGUUCCAUGAGGAGAUGAUUGGUUAUUACCUAACCAGCGCACAGGAGCGUUUCAAUGCUGAGCAGGAACAGAAAAGAAAGGAUGCUGAGAAAAAGGCUGCGCUGAAUGGGUCGUCUAGUAGGAAGCUGGAGCCAGAAGCGUAUUCAAAAGAGAAGUCAGAAACAUCUCCUCAGGAUAGGGCAUCACCUGUCUUGCCUCAAAGCCAUACGACUCAACUGGUUUUAAAAUUUAAAGAUCGCACUAGUCCCACUCCGGGGUCAUUUUCUUCACCUAGUAAUGGUGCUAAGAAAAGUGGACCCAUUCCAGUGUCUGCCCACUAUAGCCAUACACCACCUGUUCAAAGGCAGAGUGUCAUCCAUUUGCAUGAUGUCAACUCCAAGCCAUCGAGCUUCCAAGAUGACACUUACAAGCCAGUGGUUGGCACAUUAAAAACCUGUGCCACGUAUCCCCAACAAAACAGAUCACUGUCUUCUCAGAGCUACAGCCCGGCCCGGAUAACUGGUAUCCGCACAGUGAACACAGUGGAAUCACUGAGCUAUGCCAUGCCUACUGAACACAAGUCUCAGACAUACACUAAUGGAUUUAAUACUGGCGACAUUAGAGACUGCUUAGAAUAUGCUGAUGAGGAUGCUCCUCAGACCUGGUUGAACAAUGAUAAAAAUCAAGGCAGAAGCACAGUUUGCCCAAUAUAUCCCAUCCAGCAAAACCGCUGUAAGAAGGAUAACUGUUCCUUUUAUGGUCGUCCUGAGACUGACAAUUACUGUUCGUACUGCUACAAAGAAGAGCUGAAGCGCAGGGAGAGGGAAAGUAAGGGACACAGGCAUUGAGGAUUCUUCCGUGACUAUAUUUAGUUUUACCAUUUUCUUACUUGCAGAGUAAACAGUGUUGAAUUGCAGUAAAAGGAAUCCUUCAAAAAAGAAUAAAGGAUUGAUGAGUAAAUAGUGUCUAGCUUUUCGCUUUUCCUGGGCAAUGAGGAAAUAAUAGGAUUAAUUUAUCAUAAAAAAAUAUAUAUUAUUUUCCAUUUUGUCAGUGUCUUUUUUACAUACUCUGGGUAAGCUGAAGGGUUGUUUACUUCUUUGUCAGUGCUGUGUGUAUGUUUGGUCAAAAAUUUACUAAUGGUGCCUGAAUUUACACUGACAUCACUCAGGUAGUAGUAUGAUAGGGGAAAGUCAUAAUACCGGAGAUGUGGUGUUGUAGUAGGGUAGUAUCUGCCUUGUAAACAUUUGAAAUUCUAUAGCUGUCAUGAGAGUAUUUUUUUCCUCAGCAAGAUUAAGUUUUUCAUAGCUUUUCUUUCUUUCUGGAGGGUAGCGACUUUUGCAUAACGCACACUUUCAAGAUGGCAGCGUACUGCACUAGCACUGAUGUUCAUACUCACUUUAGUUUGAGACGGAAUGAUUCUAGGAAACUGGAGGUGAAAGGUCUGAAUUCACGAGGGCUGUAGCUCUUCCUGAUUUUAAGUUCUCAGCAGUUAUUUGUACAUCUCCAUUAUAAAGUAGAUUUGCGCCAUUUUUACCUGUAUUGAAUUUGUAAACGCAUUUUAUAUAAAAACAUGACCUGCAAGACUUCACUUCCUAAGGAAAAAAAAAAAAAGACAAAGAAAAUUCAUAUAAAACUCAGUAUAAUUUUGGGCACCUGAAUCUCAGUAAUAUUUUCAUUGCUGCUAAAUUUGGGAAAAAAAACUAUUUUAAAAUCAAAAUCUAAAAAUUCUAUUAGAUUUGGAAAAUUUGAUGACCAGCUAGGAAAUGUAGGAUCAAUCUAGAGCUGAAUGAACUGCUUGUCAAAACAAAUGUAUUGCAUCCCCAGAUUGCCUUAGCCAUUAUAUAAAUGUAAUCGUUAUUUGUUUAUUCCUUUUCCAAUGUUGUUGACUGAUAGUUACUGCAAACAUAAUUACUUCUGAGCAUUUCUUGAAGACAUUUGACCCCACCGGUUUUUGUUUCGUCUUGAGCAAGUCAUACAUCUACCUGGAGGUUUCAAGAUGGCUAUAAAAUGCCUACAGGUACAAACGCCUUCUCCUAGCACAGAUGUGCACGAGUCUGAUUUCCAGAUACUUACAUAAAUAUUUGCAGUACCUUUGAAAAUAAAGCUGUGUUCAUAGAAGUAUUUCUGUAACGCAAAUACCAGAAAUGCUGUUCAAGUAGAUGCUUGAAAUUAGCAUGUUUUGUUGAGUAUGGCAUAUGCAUUUUUUUAUGCCAUUCCCACCGCCUGUUGGCAUAAUCUAGCAAGAGUAGAUCUUCUCUGUAUUUGUGCUUGUGAGCAAUGGUUCAUCAGCCGUGUCCCUACGUUUUUUUUUAAGCUCAUUUUCCACAAGGAAGUACAGCAUAGCAUUGCCUUCAAAAAUGCUUCUCUGCCAUCUCAAGGUGCAGGACACGAGUCCUGCCUUGUGCAUUACAGAAUAGCAUUUUUCCAGCCUUCAGGGAUCAUUGUUUCUGCUGCUUUUCUAGUGUACUCGUUUUGACUCCUGGCAUGGUUGGCUUGUACACAGUUAACGCUAACUAGUCUCAAAGCCGUGUGUGAAGGAGCCCAUGAAACACAACACAGCCUUAUGCUGAUGUUUCUGAAAAGCACAUACACACUUGCUCACGUCCCUCAGAAAUUUAUGAAACUGAACACAUACUUAAAAUUGACUACAUAAUUUAAAGAGAUUUAAAGAAAGAUUUAAAGAUUUACUUUCAGAGUAAGGCCAUCAGCUGCUCCUCAAAGCCCUGGUCCAUCCCUUGUUUGCUGUUCCAUGAAUCCAGACUUGUACUUCAUAUAUCUGAGCAGUAUUCUGAGCACACACUGGAUGUCACUGAAUUUGCAGCCUUUCAUAAAAGGGAAGUAUUGGGAAGCCUAAUGAGGAAUUAAAACUCAUUGGGACUUCUGUCCUUAAGGUAAGCAGGUUCUAAAACGUGUGACUGGUUGAAAACAAUGGUAAGCCGUGACCUGUUUGGGGUAAAUGUUGUGAAGACAUGCAAGUUCUCAUUGCCAAAGAAAUCUGUGGUUUCAAGUUAAGUUAGGUCAGAAUAUGUUAGAUGAAACAUUGGAUGAUAUUGUAUUUGCUGUUGAGGUGGAUGAAUCUGACAGGGUAAAACUUGAUAUAAUAAAUAUUUAAGAAUUCUUAGAGCAUUACAGUAGUGGUUGCAUUUGAUGCUCUGGGGAAUGUUUUUGCGAAGUUGUGCUUAAGAAACACUAUGUUAGCAGCAAAAUGCACCUUUGGACGCACUUUGGCAUGGAUCUGAGUCAGGUAUUUCUUUCUGAAUGAGGGGAACAAUAACAGUGCAUGUCCAAAACCAAGGAAUUACCAUGAGAAUUUACUGCUUUCCAUUUUUCAGUGGAAUUGUUUGUGAAGUAUGUUUUUAAGAUAUGCUAUUCACAACAUGAAGUUUACAGAAGGUCAGUAUUUAGAUAAAGGACUCAUCUAAUAGGGAUUGUGUCAGUCUUUGCCUGACCUGGCCCCCUGUCGGAACUUGUAAGUUACCACUGAGCCUAAGCUGUACAGAAAUCACUUGGUUUUGGAGAUCCCUGCUCAUUUUUUCUGUUAGCUCGUGUGGCUGCAAUACACAUAUUUACAUUUACCGUUGUACGUGCCUUUUUUCUCUUUUAUGGCAAUUGGACAUCAUCACUGUUAUCCAGAAUCUAAAAGCCUGGGUUGAUUACACCCUCCCAGAACAGCAGCAGAAUCACCAGGAGAUACUUAGAUUGGAGGAAGCUGAAAUUUUUAACACAUGUGAAGGUCUGUUCAUAACACUGUAGGCCUGUAAUACAUAAUGGGUUUCAGUCACGCUUUAUAUUGAAGUUCCACUUAAAAUUCUCUACAAGGAGUUAAUAAGCUAUUGCUGGACUUUGAGCAUUCUUUUCAGAUGUGGGUGUCAGUUCUAACAGGCGGCCAACAAGCAGCUCAUUCAGAAGAAGGUGGCAUAGAUAACCAAAAGCAACUUUUUAGUGAUUUUUAAAUGAUUGAUUAACCUGUUGUUAAUAUAAUUAAUUAUGCUUUAUAACUGCAGUGGAAACAGUGAUUGUGACCCAGAUUCCUUUAGCAGUUACUUCCUUCUUCCUAAGUCAAAGGUAACACGAGAAGCAUCAGUGAAAGUAAAACGCUGUAUUUGGAGAUUGCGUUGCUUAUUUCUUAGUGCAUCUAAAUAGGCCAAGUGAAGUCUUCAGGGUCAUCUUUGCUAAAAUCACAAAACUCAUGGUAUGAGCAGUAUCACUUGAUAGAGAAAGCAUUGAGGAGAGAUGCUUAACAUGGGUUUGUGCACCGUUUGACUGCAGAUCAAAGCAGUCUGCCGAGGCAAUAUACAUACAGGCAUAUUCAGGGUAAUCUACUUCUCUUGUGAUGAUGAAUGUGUAGAUAUCAAAAAAUGCACAGCACAGAUCUGACAAAAUACUGCCCUCCAACUCCCUGAUUCUGCAAACAAUUACUCUGGUGCUCAACUUCACCAAUAUGAACAGUCUUCCUGACAUAAAGGAGACUGCUUAUUUUCAGAAACGUAACAUAACUGUUAAAAAACUUAGCAUAGAUGUUGGUGGGAUGGAGGCCAGAGCCCUUCAGCCAGUGCUUGUUCUCAGGCUGCUUAUCGGUGCUCUUCCAAUGAGAGAAUGGAUGAGAAUUGUGCCUGAGGAGCAGAGGGGUGCUUUAAGUCUUUGUGGGCUAAAUCUGCUGUUCUCUGAAAUGUGCAGACAGAAUGCCAUUAGCAGAGGGGGCCUUAAGUCGGGUGCUUCACGGACACUUAAAAUGCUUGCAAGCUGGAUGUCAGAGCAGAGUAUGAGCUAACACAGAACUAAGGUCUUCACACUGGGAAUACUCUGCAGUCAGGAACCUGUGUGCUGACAGAUACCACAAUGAUCUCAGACAGAGGUCCAGAGGAGUAACUGAUGGUGAUUGUGGAUGGCUUUUCAGCUUUGUGUACUUUAAGUCUCUGUCAGUGUAUUUGGAACGUAUUUGUUUUAAGGUACGACAGCUUGCAGAGAGGAUCACCAAAAGGUAUACAGCAUAGAACUUAAGCUAUCUUGGUAUCAGGCACUAAUCCCUCUUUUAAUUUGCACAUUAAUUUCCUACGUACGUGACUAAAAAUACUGUAUUGUUAAAAACGAGAGGAAAAAACCACAGCAGUGUUUGUAAGUAUGUUCUGUUUGUAGACUUAAGGCUGUAUUAUGUUGGAAUUUUACAAGCCAAGUUUAAACUGUAAUAUAGAAAUUAUUUUUAUAUUAUUUUCAAAAUAUGCUACAGAGCAAUAUUUUGCGCCUUUAUUAUGAACAGGGUCAUCAUUUUAGUAGGUUACCUUCCAAAGUGCUGGUAGAAAUUAACCACGAAAAGAAAGCUUUGUAAAAAUGUGUGUGUUGUUUCUAACUGCUGUCUGUUGUGCACAUCUGUGUCUAAUGAGAGUUGAAUACACAGGUUUUUUUUUCUUAAUUGAAAAGCUUUAAAGUUUUCUUCAUAUGUUUUGGUAAAACACUGUUCCUCCCUAUCUCCUUCCAUUCUUCCUUCUGGUCUCUACCAAUAGCCACUUUUAUAAGCAGCUUAUGAAUAAACAUUCAUCUGGAAA